AGUCUGCAAGAUGGCUGCCUUGACGCCAGUGAUUCAAUCAUUGGCAAGUUUGUUGAAUAGUGGACUUCCUCCUAAAGACCUCACCGAACGCUACAGGAUUACUCUAAGAAAAGUCGUGCAAUUAAAGAAUGGAGAGCUUAUUGAGGGGUUAAAAUCGUUUAUCGACGCAGUUUCUAGUGAAAGUGUAAGCUCUGUAGUUUCACGUCAACUCCUCACCGAUCUGUGCAGUCACAUCUCAUCAUUGGAAACUGCCGUCGCUAAAGAUGUCUCACUUUAUGCUUUAGUGAAGCUUCAACCUCGUGCAAUCUCAUUUGAGGAACAGGUUGCUAUUAUUCGUCAACAUCUUGCCACUAUCUACGAGAAGGAGCAAUGUUGGAAAGAGGCAGCAGGCAUUCUUGCUGCCAUCCCACUUGAAACAGGACAAAAACAGUACUCUCUGAAUUAUAAACUGGAAACAUAUUUGAAGAUUGCGCAACUGUAUUUGGAGGAUGAGGACUCUGUGAAUGCCGAAGCAUAUAUCAACAGAGCAUCGAUUAUCCAAGCAGACACAACAAAUGUUCGUCUUCAAAUUUUAUACAAGGUUUGUUACGCAAGAGUUCUUGACUGCCGGCGAAAGUUUAUUGAAGCCGCUCAACGAUAUCUUGAAAUUUCAUAUCGCCCAGAAGUCGAUGACAGUGAACGGAUGACGUCAUUGGAGCAUGCUCUGCAUUGCACAAUACUCGCCUCAGCUGGUCAACAACGUUCAAGAAUGCUUGCAACAUUAUUCAAAGAUGAAAGAUGUCAACAACUCAGGGCCUGUGGGAUAUUACGUAAAAUGUAUUUGGAUCGAAUAAUCCGCGGCUCAGAACUUCAAGAGUUUGCGACGUUAUUGAAAGAUCAUCAAAAGGCGAAGAUGGCGGAUGGUUCGAGUAUUCUUGAUCGGGCAGUUGUUGAACACAAUCUUCUUUCCGCAAGUAAACUUUAUAAUAACAUAACUUCCGAGCUAGGCGCUCUCUUGGAAAUUCCGGCGACCAAGGCUGAAAGAAUUGCAUCGCAGAUGAUCUCGGAAGGUCGUAUGAAUGGUUCUAUUGACCAAAUUGACGCCGUUGUUCAUUUUGAAACUCAAAAGCCCCUUCCGUCGUGGGAUAAACAAAUUCAAGGACUUUGUAGUCAAGUUAAUGACAUUAUGGAAAAGAUUUCACAACACGAACCGGUCUGGUUAAAUCAAGCUUUAGAUGCUCAAAUGACGUGACUGUCGAGAAAUCUUUCUUGACGUCACGUGAAAGGUACGACAAUGUACGACUGCGCACGAUCUAAGGUUGGGAAGUUUCAUCAAAUUUAUUGUUUGAUUGAUAUGUGUGUAUAACGAAGUGGCUUAUGAAAGCGUUGUGUAUGCUGAGUGCUUGAACAGGACACUGUGUACCUGUCUACAUCUCUCCUGGGAAGAUAUGAACGCAGAGUUUUUGCAGAGAGCAACGAAUUUUGAUGUGUGUCUGAUUUUAGAAGCUGGAAAUGCAGGAUAUUGAAUUAGCAUUGACUUCACUAUUCAUUUUGUGGAUUAUUAUAAAUGAAAUCUUUAGUAAAUUUAUGAAAUUGACAUAGACAUAGAACUACGGUGCGGCAAGCUCUAAAUUAAGGAGGAAAACAUUCAUAUUUCGACGUGUUUAUUUCUUUUUAAAUAUUGGAUUGUAACAUGCAUUUAUAAGUAUUCUUCGCCAAUUAUCGAGCUAGGUACGUCAUUAGUCUUAACUUACUGAAGUUAAAUUUUUGUUAAAUUGACUUAUUUGCUUACUGCAAACUGUACAGUA